UUAUGGAUUAUUGUUACUGAUCUUUUUUUGCAGUAUAUAUUUGUAAUAUGAAGUUUCCAGCACAUGAUCCCCUAUUUGUAUUUACUUGUAUAUGUCUUUUCUACUGUGCUCCAUUUGAGCUCCAUUUGUUUUUCACGUGUGUAGUUAUCUGGAGCUCAUGUAAACAGGAUUCCUGGACUAUAUAUAUAAAACAGUUGUCAGUGAGGGUAAACAGAUCUGAGGGGUGUAACCAAGGGACAGUUAAAGACACAUUUGCACACUGAAUUCACCCCCCAUGUGUUUAAUACGAUACUACAUGAUUUUCUUUUGAUUUUAAAUGUAUUUAUGAGGCUGUUGUUGGUUUAAUCCAGUACAAGACAACACAGAGGAAGUACAGUAUAUUACACGGAAUGCGACGUCAUACAAAGAAGAAACAUGCAGUGUUGCUAUUGCUGCUUCUUUCUGGUGGCAUCUACUUCAUUAGCCAUUCCGUCAAACACAUCACUGGCUGGAAAGAGUCAGAGGAUCCAGUGUUGAUGGAUAUAAAAUGGAUGGGAGGAAGGUCUGUCAGUACGGAGUCCUGGUUGGACCAGGGAGACUACCUGCCCCUCAAUGUCACCUAUCAGGUGCUUGCAGGGGUACCAUCCACUCAAUCAAGGUAUUUAUCCAUUGGACUAUCAUCAGUGAAGAGGAAGAAGGGCAGCUAUCUGAUCUCCACGUUAGAGUCCCUCUUCCAGCAGUCGUCACCUGAAGAACUCUCUUCCAUGGUGGUUGUUGUGCUGCUCGCAGAUUUUGAUGUCAGCUGGAGAAUGACCACAGUGAUGAACAUCAAAACGGGUUUCUCUUCCGAGCUAGAGCAAGGUCACCUGUUGGUCAUUCAUGUCCCUGAGGAAUGGUAUCCACCUGUUACAGGUCUAAAGAGGAACUACAAUGAUCCUCCAGAAAGAGUGUCAUUCCGCUCUAAGCAAAACCUGGAUUACGCUUUCCUGAUGCACUACAGCUCAGGCCUUGGUAAAUACUACCUUCAGCUGGAGGAUGAUGUCUUGUCUGCAAAGAAUUUUCUAACCACAAUCAAGACGCAUGUUGACAAGCAAGAAGCUAAAAAGACAACCUGGGCGAUGCUGGAAUUUUCCAGCCUCGGCUACAUCGGGAAACUCUACAACUCGGCUAACCUCCCUCUUCUAGCUCGAUUUCUCUUCCUCUUCUAUCAAGAAAUGCCCUGCGACUGGUUAAUGUCUCACUUCCGAUUGCUGUUGACUCAGAAGGAGCCUAUCCUUUUCAAGCCUUCGCUAUUCCAGCACAUGGGGACCUUCUCGUCAUUCCAAGGGACUUAUAACAAGCUAAAAGAUAAGGACUUUCGGGAGAGUUUCGACACAAAUCCUGCAGCUGAUGUUUACUCCGAUAUGUCUUCCUAUGAGAAAUACUUUCCCAAACUGGCUUGGGAUGCCGGGGAGGGAUUCUUCUGGGGUCGCUCCCCCGUGGAAGGCAACUAUUUGACUGUGGUGUUCACAGAACCCAGAGUGGUGGCGGGAAUAUCUGUAGAGACCGGGAGAGAAGGCAAAGACAUGUUGGGCUCAGCACUGGUGGAAAUAGGACACGGUGUGAUCACCACAGCGGAUAAGGAGAAAACCUGCAAGAAUUUCCAUAUGGUGGGCUCUAUUGAGAAUGGUAGGUUUGAGAAGCAGCAGAUAGACAAAAACUAUGGCGACGCCUCUUCAUGCCUGAGAAUACGAGUCACUGCGGGGCAGAAGGAGUGGGUGAUAAUUAAUAAAAUUAGGAUCUCAACAAAGCCAAGCACACCUCAACAGUGAAGCAUUUUCAUAUCAGGAUAUUUUUUCAUGGAUGCCUUAACUGGGGAUUUCCAGAGGACUCAGGCGCAAAAUACUUUAACUAUAUUUGCAUAUGUUUGCAUUUUUGUGGACUGAUCCAGAUGAUUCUAUUCUGCCGCAAUUAUGCUAGACACCCACGUUUGUUGAGCAAGACAUGGGAUGUUUGGAAAUUGAAACACUUACCGAACCAAAGUGUCAUCGGCUAAGCGUAAUGUAGCGACUCCCAAGGCACAAAGUGUUCAAGCUACUUUCCAUCAAACAAAAUAAACUGGCCUAUCAA